AUGAGAAAGAAUUGGUUCUUGAUCGGUACUUAUCGACAUCCGAAAAUUGAUCGUGAUGAAGCAUUUUGCUUAGUUGGUGAAUAUGAUACUUCACGAGCACGGUAUAUUUUGACACAGAUGAAUCGUUACGAUUUUAAACAGUGUUUAUAUCAACUUAAAAUGGGUACUGGUAUCAACAGUGUGCAAUUUAUCAUUGUUGUGGGAUUUGAAUUGGAUUGA